AAUUAUGAGUCACCAGCAACCACCCACAAAACCCCUUACAUUGAGUUCCCAUUUCUCCAAGCUAAAUCAACCAUGAUUACCUUCACUUCUCAAAUUUCAAUCAUUUUGCUGCUAUUACUAUGUGCAACGAUAUUUCAUAGAGGCAUGUGUAAUAAAAAUACACAGCUUCGUUGCAAUGAAAACGAUAAAUCUGCACUGCUGAACUUCAAACAUGGUGUCAUACACCAAUCCAACAAGCUCUUCUCUUGGUCCAAUGAAGAAAAUUGUUGUGGAUGGAAAGGAGUCCAUUGUGAUAACAUCACAGGCAGAGUCACAAGACUUGAUCUAAAGCAACAAUACUUAGAAGGUGAAAUCAACCUCUCUUUGCUUGAAAUUGAAUUCUUGAACUAUUUAGACUUGAGCUUGAAUGGCUUUACAACUCUUGGUCUUCCUUCUAUCUUCAACCAAUCACUAGUUACACCUAAUACACGUGCUAACUUCUCAAACCUUCAGUUCCUAGACUUGUCCUUUAAUGAUGAUCUUCAUCUAGAUAAUCUCCACUGGCUUUCCCAACUUUCUUCCUUGAAAAGUCUCAACCUCAGCCAAAUUAAUCUUUCCAAUGAAACAAACUGGCUUCAGUCCAUGUCCAUGCAUUCUUCUCUGUUAGAGUUAAGAUUGUCAAGUUGUCAUCUAUCCAAUAUCAAUCCUUUUGUUAAGUUUGUGAAUUUUACUUCACUUGUAACUCUUGACUUGUCUGGGAACUAUUUUGUCUCUGAAUUGCCUUAUUGGUUGUUUAACCUCAGCAGUGAUAUCUCCUAUAUUGACCUUAGUUUUAAUUUCUUACAAGGUCAAAUACCCAAAAGCUUGUUGAGUCUUAGAAACCUUAAAUCUUUAAGGUUGAAUAACAACGAACUCAAUGGAUCCAUUCCAAAUUGGUUAGGCCAACAUGAACAUUUACAAUAUCUUGGUUUGUCAGAGAACUUGUUUCAGGGUUUCAUCCCUACAUCUCUAGGGAAUCUCUCAUCCUUGGUUGACUUAAGUAUCAGCUCAAAUUUCUUGAAUGGUAGUCUUCCAAACAGCCUUGGACAACUCUUCAAUUUAAGGAGUUUAUCCAUUGGAGGAAAUUCCAUGUCAGGUGUUCUCUCUGAGAAGCAUUUUUCCAAUCUUUCUAAUUUAGAAACAUUGGUCUUGAGUUCACCUUUUUCAUUUAAUUUGGAUUCUGAAUGGAUUCCUCCUUUUCAAUUGAAUGGAAUCAGUUUGAGCAAUACAAUUCUGGGUCCUAAUUUUCCAUCGUGGAUAUAUACACAAAGGUCACUAGUAUAUCUAGAGGUUCCUGGCUCAAGAAUUUCAUCCAUAAAUGGAGACAAGUUUUGGAGGUUUGUAGCUAAUAUUACACAAGUCAACCUUUCCAACAACACAAUCAGUGCAGACUUAUCAAACAUCACCCUUAACUCUGAAUUAUUAUUUAUGGACCAUAAUAAUUUCACAGGAGGGCUCCCACAUAUAACUGCAAAUGUCAUCUAUUUGGAUUUGUCCCACAAUUCUUUCUUUGGACCCAUUUCCCCUCUGUUCUGCCACAAAUUGGGUAGGGAAAAUAGUUUGGAUUACUUGGACAUAUCAUUUAAUCUUUUAACUGGAGGAGUUCCUGAUUGUUGGGAGUAUUGGAAAGGUUUAUCUUUCCUCUUCACGGAAAGUAAUAAGCUAACAGGUGAAGUUCCUCCAUCAAUGGCCUCAUUUAUUGAUCUCAUAGCAUUGGAUUUGCAUAACAACAGCUUGUCUGGGAAUUUUUCAUUGGACUUAUCAAACACAACAAACUUGGAAUUCAUCAACCUCCGAGAUAACAACUUUUCUGGAAGUGUACCAGUGAAGAUGCCACAGAAUAUGGAAGUGAUGCUAUUGAGAUCCAACAAGUUUGAAGGUAAUAUUCCAUUACAGCUAUGCAAUCUCUCUUCACUGAUACAGUUGGAUCUUUCCAAUAACAGACUUUCAGGAUCUAUUCCUCAAUGUGUGUCAAACAUUACUGGCAUGGGUGGAGCAAAAAAAACAAGUCAUUAUCCAUUUGAGUUCAAUUUGUACAACAAGGGUCAACAGUUAGAAUACGAAGACUAUGGAUUGUUGAGAACUCUUGAUCUUUCAGCUAACAACUUAUCAGGAGAAAUCCCUUCAGAAGUUUUCAAUCUUGUUCAAUUGCAGUCCUUGAACUUGUCUCGAAACCAUUUCACAGGAAAGAUAUCAAGGAACAUUGGAGGCAUGAAAAAUCUGGAAUCUCUUGACCUAUCCAAUAAUAAACUUUAUGGCGAAAUUCCAAACCCCAUUUCCACUUUGUCUUUCUUGAGUUUCUUGAACCUGUCAUACAACAAUUUCAUUGGACAAAUCCCACUGGGGACUCAGCUUCAGAGUUUUGAUGUGUCAAGCUAUGUUGGGAAUCCUGGACUUUGUGGAGCUCCUCUACCAAAGAAUUGCACUGAAGGAAACGUUGAUGAUGAGCCAAAGCAAGAUGGAGGAAACAAUGAAGAUGACUCUUUUAAAGAGUCACUCUACCUUGGAAUGGGUGUUGGAUUUGCUGUGGGAUUCUGGGGGGUUUGUGGUUCUCUAUUCCUCAACAGGAGGUUGAGGCACAUGUAUUUUCGGCUCCUUAAUCAUGUUGCAGACCAACUUCAUGUGUUUGUGGCAUUGAAUUUUAAGUUCAAUAGCUUUAGUGGGGCACGAGGAACUUCCAACUGAGGUAGUUGAAUUCUGUUCUUUGUUAAUGACUUGAUUAGGACAUCUUUGUCUUCUUUUCUUGUGCCAUAAAUGUAGAACACAUGAACAUCAGUUUUACCGUGUAGGUAAUAAAGUCUUUGUUCCAUGAACCAUAUUUAGUUUCUUUAUAAUAUUUGGGCUCUUCAAUUGUA